AUGACGAUAACUUCGACGUAUCGGAACGGACCCGUGAGGGGACAGGACCCGAGGGGGGCGGUCGGCCCGCGCACUUCUAGUUCCGCGGGCCGCCGUAUUCUCUCUCCGGGCACCGCGACAUCUUUCCGCCCGACGAUUCUCGCGCAGCCAAUCGCGGAAGACAUGGUGCUUCCCCAGCCCUCCGACGCGAUUGGCUAUUCCUCCCUCCCCGCUUCCCUCUCCGGCGCGGGGAGCCUCCUGCUGCAGCAGGCUGCUGCUGCGGCGGCGGCUGGUGUGCGCGCGGGCCCGUCGAAGCAGGCGCAACCCUCGGUGGAGCAGCAAGUGGAAGGGAAGAAAGCUGCUCCGGACAACACUGGCCUGACCCCCAUGGAUUUCAACCCUGGAAUUAUCGCGUCGAUCAACCUACAGAGCAACAAGCAGCAUCAGCAGCAGCGACUGCAGCAGCAGCAGGAGCAGCAGCAGCAGCAGCAAUCGUCCACGUCAGCACCCAACACUCCAACCAAGAGGAAAUCGUCGCAACCUCCUCCCGCGUCGUCGUCGCUUCUUACCGCGCAGGUCAAGACCCAGACCUCGCAGAUCCCCCGCCCAGGUUCGGGAGGUCGCCGAGCCGCAGGCUUCUCUCGUUCUGAUUGGCUCCCGCGAUCCGAGUCGCUCACGCGCUACUCCCGCCGCGCCAACGCCGCCGCGUCUACCGCUGGAGCGAGCGCUGCGAAAGAGGAGGGCAAGAGCAGCAGCGGGGGCGGGAGCGGCAGCGGCAGCGGAAGCGGCAGCGGCAGUCACGGCGGCAACCACGGCGGCAGUGGCGGAGCUGUCGGAAAGUCAUCCGCGGGUUCUGGCGCGGAAAGCGGAACGGACGACGAGCUCCCCCGAUCGGAUUCCCUUCCGCGCAUCCUCAAUGCG